GUUGAAACUUCCUCCGCCGCAGGCAGACACGUAUAUAUAGGAACGCAAACACUAGCGGCCACACCACAACCUCCUCGCUAUCGCUAGUCGCUCCAUCACCGUUCGCCAAAGAGCCCCAGGACAUCCUCCGGUCUCCACUGCUCGAGCGCGCCGGCGCCGCACGCAUGGCUGCCUGUGUCGACAAGUGGCAACCCACGCACGCCGGCCGCCUCUCCGGCGCCAUCUACCGCUUCUUGCCGGACGGCGCCACGGACCGCGCGGUGACCACCGCUGCGCCGGCGUCCGCGAGCGGCGGCGACGACGACGUCUGGGAGGAGCUGCGCGCGGAGGCGCAGGCCGACGCGGACGCCGAGCCGCUCCUGCGCAAGUUCUACGGCGACCUCGUGCUGACGCGCCAGUCGCUGGAGGCCGCCCUCGCGGCGCACCUGUCGGCCAAGCUCUGCAUCCCCGGCGUGCUGCCGCAGGACGCGCUGCGGGACCUCCUGGCCGCCGCGCUGGCCGCGCACCCGGACGCCGGCCGCGCCACGCGCGCCGACCUCCGGGCGGCGCGCGACCGCGACGCGGCCUGCGAACGGAUGGUGCACUGCUUCCUCUACUACAAGGGCUUCCUCGCCCUGCAGGCGCACCGCGCCGCGCACGGGCUCUGGUCCGAUGGCCGCUCGGCCGCCGCGCUCCUCCUUCAGAGCCGGGCGUCCGAGGUGUUCGGCGUCGACAUCCACCCCGGCGCGCGCAUUGGCUCGGGCAUCCUGUUCGACCACGCCACGGGCAUCGUCAUCGGCGAGACGGCCGUCGUCGGGAACGACGUCUCCAUCCUGCACGGCGUCACGCUCGGAGGCACGGGGAAGGAGUCCGGCGACCGGCACCCCAAGGUCGGGGAUGGGGUGCUGAUCGGCGCCGGCGCCAGCGUGCUCGGCAAUGUGCGGAUUGGAGCCGGGGCGAAGAUCGGAGCUGGGGCGGUCGUUCUACGGGACGUGCCGGAGGGAACCACGGCCGUCGGGAACCCCGCGAAGGCGGUCGGGAAGAAGGCGGUGCCGCAGCGGCGGCCGGAAGAGCAGCCCGGGGUGACCAUGGAGCAAGGGUGGUCGGACUACGUGAUUUGAAAAUUUUCAGAGGGUCCGGGUGCAAAUAUUUUUAGUGCAGGAGAAGGAGAGUUUCCCUCCAAAAGAUAUUCGUGGUCGAUGGCCAUUUCCGCUAUUCUGUAAUAGUGCUGCUAUUGCAGUAUUGCCUACACUAGAGACUACAGAGAGAGCUGCAUUCCCAUAUGCCAUUGCAUAAGAGGGAGAGGGAGCUCAAUUAGGCAUUGAGCCCUAGAGCAAGUCCAUGUUUUUUCUGUUCUUUUUUCCUCUGUUUCUCGGGACUUAAUAACAAUACUAUAUGCAUCUCAUUAGUUAUCGGUUGCUUGUA